GUCAAUGUUGGAGGUGAUGUUUACCAAGACAUCCAUCAAUAACCUAGGUUGUAGUUGGAUAGCUACAGAGGAUUGCAUGAGGCCGGUUAAGGUUCAAUCUGAAGAAAGAUGAAGGAAGCUAAAGUUCCUGUACAAGGAAUGUUCUACAUUCAACUAAUUUUAGAAUGCUCCUAGCAAAGAGUAUGUAGUAUGGGUUUUAUAGUCAAGUUGUAUUUGUUUUUGCUGACUCUGCCAUAUGUGGCAUCACUCUCAGGCCUUUGCCACCUUUAGUGACUUUAUUUUGCUGUCCAUGACAAUGAUGCAUGCAUCAGGGUCCUUUAGUUAUGACCUUGAACUCGUGGCCAAUAAAUAAACUAAACUAAACAUUUCAGACAGAUAUAAAAUGUCUUGAUUUACAGAGAACGAUCUGUGAACGGAGACGCAUUUAUAUUCCAUCAGAAGUGUACAUGAAAGGCAUUGAACACCGGAACCAAUGUGCAUGCUCAUGUUUCCUGACGAACAGUAUUUACCGUCGGACCCAUAUUCAAUUCUUAUUUUACAGUCUGCCCUGUAGGUUUUGGAAAAAACAAGGGGAUUAAAAGGCGGUAAAAGGCUUUUAAAGGUUUUAUUAACAUCGAUUAUUCAAGCUUUGAUAAGCGCCGUGUCAUGGCUUUUGCAAGCUUACGCUGGGAAACCAUAGAAGCUCUAAAUAAUUCCUCAAAAGGCCAACUAAAGUAUCAAGCGGACUGGGUGGAGAGGGGCGAGGACAUCCUAUCCGGUUGUACCGAGGGCCCCAGUUUGUCUCCUCUGUCUGGUCACAUCAUUACAAAGCUAAGCCCUAGGAAACGCCUCGGAGACGCCAGCUGUCAGUCACACCAAAGUGAGACGGUCUCCCAAAGCUGUCCUUCCUCCUCUGCUCCCAACAACAUUCAUAUCCAAUCUCCCUCAGUGAGUGAGAUUGGGGCGCCAUCAGAAAAGAGUGAAAGUGAAGAGCUGGUUCCUGAUGUUCAGGAAUUUGAACCGCCCUCGCCCAGUCCCUCCCCUCCCCCCAGCAUGUCGCUGCUGUCUCCCAGGGCAACGCAGACCGCCGGUUGCAUCCGGCUGUGUGAGGAAAAGCACCGCGCCAAGGCCAAGAAGGAGCUGAGUCUGCGGCAAGAGAGACAGGAGCAGCUGGUGAUGGCGAUGGCUAACAGAGAGUCUGAGCAGCUGAAACGCUUCGAGGAGCUCAUGGAGCUGAAGCAGAGGAAGGACUCCCAGAGCAUCAGAGACCUGAUGGACAGAGAAACGAAGGAGAGUAUUGGGCGACAGGAGAAACUGAAGGAGGAGCACAGACACAGGAUGAAGAUUCUGAACCUGCGCCUGCGAGAGGCGGAGCAGCAGCGUGUGCGGGAGGCGGGGCUGGAACGUCAGCGGCUGGAGGAUGGACGGGAUAGGCUGAGGAACCUCAACUCCAUCCAGGAAGAGAUCCUCCAACUCAACCAGCUGCUGGAGGCCGGCCCGGCCCCCGAUGACAUCACUGUCUACAUAACCCGCGGAAACCAGCUGUGCUCCCAGGUGUCCGAGGUGGUGCGGACGACCGCAGAGGGGGCGUUCCCCAGCGUGGAGGACAUGGCGGUAGCAGAGCGGGCUCUGCAGGUGAUGCGAGCGUUGAUCAGAGAGAGGCAGGAGGCGGCGACCAAGGCCCAGGAGAGGAAGAGGAUGGAUGAGGAAGAGGUGGAGGAGAGGAGGAAGCAGGUGGAGCUCGAGGUGAAAGUGGAGGAGCAGAAGAAAGCUGCACAGUCUGCUAAAGAGAAGGCGAAGAAAAAAGGACUGCAGAACAGUGCUGAAGAUGCUACGUUGCAAUGGUACCGAGAGCUCCAGGACGCCGCCUCCCAGACCCUUUCUUCCCUACAGUCGCUCAACACCGCCACGGACACCCAGACCAAGAGGCUGAGGAUGGAGCUCCAGAAAGCCGCCACCACUCCCGUCAGCCAGAUCUCCAGUGUCUCUGGCUCCCAGCUCCGAGAGGUCCUGGACAAACUGGACAAGCUGCUGUCGGGACGGACAGUGGUGACCGGCGGGAGGUCCGCCUCCACCUCCCAGCAUGCAAAGGGGCUGGCGUUCGUCUGUUACAAAUUGGCCGAAAAGUUUCAGAAACAAGGGGAGGAGGAGGUGGCAUCCCACCACGAGGCCGCCUUCCCCAUCGCCGUGGUGGCCUCGGGGGUGUGGGAGAGACACCCCCAGGUGGGGGAACUCAUCCUGGCCCACCUCCACAGGAAGUGCCCCUACUCCGUCCCUCACUACCCGCCCAUGACAGAGGGCACCUCCCUAGAAGAGUACCAGAGGAUCCUGGGCUACCGGGUGGAUGACUCUGGGGUCGAGGGUCAGGACAGCUUCCUGAAGAGGAUGUCGGGGAUGAUCCGCCUCUACGCCGCCAUCAUCCAGCUGAGGUGGCCCUACGGCGCCAAACCUGGGCCGGGUCCUCACGGGCUGAACCAUGGCUGGCGCUGGCUGGCCCAGAUGCUCAAUAUGGAGCCUCUGGCAGACGUCACAGCAACGCUGCUCUUCGACUUCCUGGAGGUUUGUGGUCACGCCCUGAUGAAGCAGUACCAGGGUCAGUUCUGGAAACUCCUCAUGUUCAUCCAUGAGGAGUACUUCCCCAGGAUCCAGGUGAUCACCAGCGCUGGUCAGAUGGGUUCCGUCAUGAGACUUAAGCAGUUCCUUGAGGGGUCCUUGCGAAGCCGUCAGAUCAGCCCUCCUAAAGGAUACCUCACCUCAGAGUUCUGGAGGUAUUGAGCCAACAUGGAAGUCCGGAUCUAACCUGGAUGCUCCUAAUUUUUGAUAGACUUGAACCAGCUCUACUUGGAGCUCAUCGAAGCAGACUCUCUCUGGCUGGGCUGAGAUCCCCUUCCCUUUUUAUAGUUUAACUAUUUUUUUAUUUUGGUGUGUGUCGAAUCUUUGCGCUUGGGGCAGAGUCAUGUGUUUUUUGAGACAACCUGUCAGACUGUGUACUGGUGGUUUGUCAUGUUUGUUUUAUGGACCAGGCUAUGGUUAAAACAUGAGUUAGAUCUGCUGAAGAGUUGCAGCACGUUAUCAAAUUUAAUUGUUCAGUAAUUAAAUACUCUCCACUCUUGCUCACAAAAACACUGAUGGUAGAACAAGAAAAUGGUGGGUCAAAGCCUAGGCAUCAGCCUCAAUUUAUUGUACAGCCUAUAGUGUCUUGGAUCAUGGUUUUAUAUAAAGCUGUUUAGAGAUGAUUCGUAUUAUCUAAUGCAACCCUGAAUGUACUGAGAUUUUAACGUCUAAUGGUCUCACCUGCUCAAUUUGAUUAUUAAAUAAAUCAAUGAUCUGUAGGUACCAGGUCAGAAAAAAUCAAUUCAAAUCCUCUUGAGGAACUUAUUCAAAGAUCUUAUAUCAUGCUUUUUUUAGGGUUAAUAAUUGCAUUUGGAGCAACUAGAAUAGGGUUACAAGCCUGUAUGUUAAAAACACCCCUUAUUAUUCUCACUGCUCAAUUCUGCAAAUCCAAUUUCAGCAUCUUUCAAAAACGUUGUUUUGAAUCUUGUCGCUUAAAGGCCCCCCUCCCGAGCAGCCCAGUCUGCUGGGAACAGUCAGCACACCCACUCUUGCAAUUGGACGAACACUUUGCGC